GGCUACCUGCAGGCCGCGGCGGCGCAGCACUCGGGGCCGUCUGCGCUGAGUAGUGCCAGCUCGCCACAGGCGGCCGGAUUGUUGUGGGGCGCUCUCAGCACGGCGCGCGGGUCGAACGACUGGCCCAUCCUGCACCAAGCCCUCAUGAGCUGCACCGCCAGCCACACCACGCAGCAGCUCAUGCAAUCCAUGUACGGCAGCAAUGCAUCCCGACACUCCCGGGGACCCACGGGUCUUACUCCCCUAGAAAUCGCACGGUUGCUUGGCAGCCGUGCCUCGGUGGACUCCCUGGCUACAAGGCAGCCCAGCUACGGUGAAAGCCCUCACAGCGCCUUCAACGGCGGCCUGGGUCCGCUCAGCGCCGGCAGCCCUGCAGGUCCCGGUUCCCAGCUGCUGCUGCACCCUACUGCACCCAGCGGUGGACCGCCCACCAACCUACAGAACCUGUUCAUACGCACCCUUACCGGAGAUUCGGAUAGUCCAAGCUUGCAACCCCUGGCACUGCCAUUACAGCUGCACCAAUCCCAGCAUGGGCGCCU